AUGGCCAACAUCGAUGCGAAAGCCAUCGUCACAGUCAUCUUCUUCAUCAUCUCCAUUGUCUUCAUUCUAUGCCCUGUACGCAUACCUAGAACGAAGUACAGCAUCAAUCUGGCAACAGCUCCCCCAUUAUGCGUACUCAUCCUGCUUGCCUCGACAUGCAUACCCAUAUCUGUCGUUUGGGAUGGCAUUCGUGGUACAGACGGUAUCAAGCCAUACAACAUCAUGAUCUUGUUCUUUGGCUUGGCAUACAUGAGCAUUUCACUGGAUCUCACUGGUAUUCUGCAAGCCGCUGCCUUCUGGGUCGCCAACAAAGGAGGCAAAUCUGGCAUCAAGCUCUAUACCUACUUCUUCCUCAUGUCUCUCAUCCUGGCCGUUGUGCUAGGGAAUGAUCCAGUCAUUUUGUCCGGCACGGCCUUCUUGGUAUACUUCACGCGUGUUGCUGAGGUCAAGCCACUAGCCUUUCUCAUUGCAGAAUUUGCUGCUUGCAACUUGGGCUCCAUGGUAUUGUUCGUUGGCAAUCCGACAAACGUCGUGCUCUGUGAAGGCUUUGAGCUCGGGUACCUGGACUUUACUGCCUGGACAGCAAUCCCUUUCAUCUUCACCGCAGUGGCAGGGUACUUGACCCUCUUGCUCGAGUUCCGCAAACACAUCCCAAAAGAGAUUAUCGCACCAGAUCUCGACCCAAGAUCGGUGUUGAUUGAUCCUUUUGGAGCAAAAGUCGGUGCAGCACUGAUUCUCAUCUGCUUGAUUGUCAUCAUUGGCGUGUCGUUUGCUGGUGUUGAGGUUUGGGAGAUUGCUCUUCCCUUUGCUUUAGCGAAGGCUGUGUUUGAUGUCAGCUGGGACUACUAUCGCUUCAAGAAUGCCAAGCUGCCAGAUAGUGUUGUGGCUGAGAAGAAGGCAGCAGCAGAGGAGCGCUACUUCUACCUCAAACGACGCUCGCCGACAUCCUUUACAACUGUUGAGCGUCUUCCAUUUCCAUUACUAUCUUUCACAUUCUCGCAGUUUAUGCUUGUUGAAGCAUUGGUGUAUCGCGGCUGGAUCGACGUUUUUGCAGGAUGGGGCGCAAAAGUCCUCGUGAACGUGCCUUCCACCAUCUUCUUCAUUGGCGUUGUCAGCAUCUUGCUUUGUACAUUUGCAGGCACCAACAUCUUGAGUACUAUUCUACUCACCAAAAUCAUCAAGCAGAUCGAGGUCACUCAUGUGCUCUCGGAGAAACUUGUCCGGGCAGCAUCGAUUGCUCUUGCAAUCGGAUCCAACGUCGGCGCCAUUUCCGUCGUCUUCAGUGCAAGUCUCGCUGGUCUGCUCUGGACGGCCAUCCUAAAGCAAAAGAACAUCCACCUGUCAUCGCCCGAAUUUGCGAGAUGGAAUUUGCCAAUCUUGUCCGUUGUAACGGUCCUUGGCUUACUUGUUGUCUGGGCAGAGAUCGAAAUCUACUACACUUACAUACACAAAUGA